UCAGUCGCUUGCCAGCACUGCCAUAGAGGAGAACGGGAAUUAACUUUCAACAUGGCGAUACUGUGUUGUGUUUGACGUUUGAUCGAAGCGCAGGAAAGUUCCAAAUACUACGACGAUUUAGCGCGAUUUCGUUCGCAAAAGUUUGCAACUAAACAGGUAAAGUAGGAAGUUACCGGAAUCUCCCACAACUAGAACGCGAACUUUAUCAAUAGCCGCCAUAAGUCGAAAAUAUAGUUGCUGAAUCAAUCGACCCUAGCAGCAGAGAUAGAAAAGCAAUACUGCUUCUUGCGAGCAACAUCAUUUUGAAGGUGGAAGUUUACUGAGAGUGAGUGAAAACACAGGCCAGAAAUUCGAAGUGUGUGUGACUGAAACGUGUAUGUGUUGGUGACCGCCGAACGCUUCGUCGUGCUGCCGGUACUGCCGAAGCUGAUUCGGCUCGGUGAGUUCUUUCGCGCUCGUUCAACACUUGCUGGGUUCGGAUGACACCUGUCAUGCAGCCCCCACCGAUGAAUACUGCAUGAAUUGUCAAUAGAUUCUGAGAACGAACUCCAACACGUGUUUUUAACAAGGGUGUUUCCCACAAAUUAUCGCCAACUGUUGUGACCAAUUUUUCGGUCGUUUUUGUUAUCGGUAGCAUACCGACUGCGAGUCCAUAAGAUGGGCGAUCAACGCUAUGUGACUGAGAUACCGAGCAGUUUGAAACAGCUCGCACGUUUUGUGGUACGUGGAUUCUAUUCCAUCGAGGAUGCCCUGGUGGUCGACAUGCUCGUGCGAAACCCCUGCAUGAAAGAGGACGACAUUUGCGAGCUGUUAAAAUUCGAACGAAAAAUGCUUCGGGCCAGAAUAUCGGUGCUGAAGAACGACAAAUUUCUGCAGGUACGGCUGAAAAUGGAGACCGGACCGGAUGGGAAAGCACAGAAAGUUAACUAUUAUUUCAUCAAUUACAAAACGUUCGUGAACGUCGUGAAAUACAAGCUGGAUCACAUGCGCAAACGUAUGGAAACGGAGGAACGCGACGCCACCAGCCGUGCCAGUUUCAAGUGUCCUUCCUGUAAUAAGACUUUCACCGAUUUAGAGGCAGAUCAGCUGUUCGAUUUCGCCACCGGUGAAUUCCGCUGCACAUACUGUGGGAGUGCUGUCGAGGAGGACAGUUCUGCACUACCAAAGAAAGAUUCUCGUUUGCUGCUAGCUAAAUUCAACGAACAAUUACAACCUUUGUAUGAUCUGCUAAGGCAAGUGGAAAAUAUCAAACUUGCGCCUGAGAUUCUUGAACCAGAACCGGUGGACAUUGAUACUAUAAGAGGAAUUGCUAAACCAACGAACCGGGGUGCAGUGGAGCAAUGGUCGGGCGAGGCAACGCGUUCCAGUGGAUUCGCGGUUGAAGAAACUCGCGUUGAUGUCACUAUCGGUGAUUCAGAUACAGUGGAAACCUCCAAUCAACGCAAGGACCGCCCAGUAUGGAUGACGGAGUCCACAGUUAUUACGAAUGACGUGGACGAGAAUUCGGUCGAAUCGAUUCUUGAAAAGGCUGCCUUCACUUCAACGCAACCAUCGCCCGCCACCACCAAUGCCGUUACAACGUCUGCGCGCAAUCGCAAGGAUGCUGAUGAUAUCAUGUCGGUACUGUUGCAACACGAAAAGCAAAGUUCGCGAAACAACACAAACGAUGCCAUCAAGGGACUGGGUGCCACAAACGAUACUAACUCUACCGAUAGCAGCGAUGAAGAUAAGAACAUUGACAAUACCGAGCUACCUAGCGUGGAUCUUAUGGACACCGAUUCGGACGAUGAUACGCCAACGGUAACAGUUGCGGGACAGCCAUACCCACUGGACGAGAUUAACGAUACGCUUAUAGCGGAGAUGACGCCGCAAGAGAAGGAAACGUAUAUUCAAGUGUACCAGGAUCACUUUAGUCAUAUGUACGAUUAGACGAUGAGGAUUGAGUAUAUGAAGAUUACGGAAUCAACUUAACUGUUGUUUUAUUUACACUCGCCAGAAAUUAGAAGUUAAAUGACAGAA